AUGGAUAAACAAACAACAACCCUAACAGAUUCAAUCACAAAAGCGGUAUUGAAAAAAAUGGAUGAUAAGUUAACACCAAUUAUAGAAGAAAAUUUGUUUCUAAAGAAUGAAGUAGAGAAAUUAAAUGAGAAAGUAAAACGCCUAGAAUUUGGUAAAAAGGAGAAUAAUUCAAUACUCUACGGCUUCGAGGAAUCGAAUGAACAUAUUAACAUAGUGGAAAUGGUAUCAAAAACUUUAAGCGAUUCGGGUAUCGAAGUGCAUAAAACAGAUAUUAACAAAGCGUUUAGAAUUGGUAAAGUAAAAGAAAAAGCACGCCCAAUUUUAAUUAAUAUGCUAAACGCAUGGAAGAGAGAUGAGAUUUUGCGAAAUAAGAAAAAGCUGCCAAAAAAUAUUUAUGUUAAAGAGGAUUUCAGUAAAGAAGUUUUAGAAAGAAGGAAAGAACUAAUACCGCAUUUAAAGGAAGAACGAAAAAAGGGACGUAUAGCAUACAUAAAAUACGACAAACUAGUUGUUGAAGGUGAAGCAAGUGGGAUGCGAGAUAAAAGGAAGAGAGACCAAUCUGCCUCACCAAAGACAAAGAAUGACACUGAAAACGCCCCGACAAAAGUAAACAAAAUAAAUGCCUUCGAAAAGAUGUAUAGAAUUUAA